AUGCAAAUUGGCGUUCGAAUACUUUUUACUGGCUUAUUGUUAGCAGCUGUCCUUCAUGGUCAAGGAGGAGGUGAUGAAGGUGAUAGAAGUGGCAGUAGUGAUCAUAAAAAUGACGUUUGGGGUUACCCAAGAGAAAGCGAUUCUAAUGAGAAUUUAGGACAUCAGGUUACCAUUGAAGUUACGUGGAAUCCGGAUGAACGCCAGUUUACAGGUAAAUGGUAUGUGGAUACAAGUAUGUUUAGUGGUGAAGACGCAUUUGAACUCAAGUUUGAAAGACCACUAGGACAAUUAACAGACAAGAAAAACGACAAUCCUUAA